AAGAGUCCGGAGUGUUCAGUCAGGGGAGAGGAGCCUGGCAUCAUGGAAAAGCGGUUUGUGUUGGUCCUUGUUCUCACUCUGCUGGUCUUCUCCUCAGAAGCCUCUCCAAUUCUGACAGAAAAGCAAGCCAAACAGCUGCUGAGGUCCCGGCGACAGGACAGACCCAGCAAACCCGGAUUCCCAGACGAGCCCAUUCGGGAGUAUGUGCAUCACCUGCUGGCUCUGGAGCACCGUGCUGAGGAGCAGUUUCUGGAACACUGGCUGAAUCCCCACUGUAAGCCUCACUGCGACAGGAACCUGGUCCACCCUGUGUAAGGACCCAAGGCCGGGCCGGCUCGUUACCAGGCAGUGACCCGGAGACCACUGGGACAGAGAAGCUCACCCUCCCUUUGAUC